AUGCCUUUCGUUUCCAAGCUCGAGUCUUUGUACCUGCAGAGAUGUAGCAUUCUGGACUUCCUCUUUCCCGCCAAUGAAACCCCGUCCGACAAACCACUUUGGUUAGAUGCUACAGAUACAUCUCACUGGCAUUCCCCGAAGAGUGCAUUGACUCUGGCAAAGCGAUUUGGUUUUGGUCUUCACCAGCUAGGAGUUCAAUUAGGCGACAGAUGCUUACUCUUCACACCUAACCAUAUUAUGGUUCCAGUGUCAUACCUUGGGAUUGUGGGUGCUGGUGCUGUUUUCUCUGGAGCCAACCCAGGAUUUACUGAAACUGAACUGGAAUAUCAGAUCACAGCUCUCCAGCCAAAGAUUCUGCUUGUGCAUCCGAGUUUGGCCUCGACUGCGAAAGCCGCCGCUGCCAGAUCUGCUGUUCCCGGUCUGCAAUUAUACAUUUUCUCAAGCCGUGAGACAGGUUCCUUGGAGGGUCUUCCGGACUGGCGCAUCAUUCUUGGGACACCAGAGCAAGGUGAGUCGUGGCGGUGGAGAAGCCUCAGUCCAGAAGAAGCACAGACUACGAUCGCGGCCAUCAACUUCUCAUCCGGAACUACUGGGUUGCCAAAAGGCGUCUGUGUAUCUCAUUUUAAUGCAAUCUCGAAUGUCAAGCAGAUCAAAUCUCUCUACGACUUCGACCCUUCAGAGAAAUGGGCGGGCUUUCUGCCCCUUUAUCAUGCCUAUGGACAAUGUUAUGCUAUCCUCAUGGCAACCAUCAACCACAUCCCUAUACUCAUCAUCGGCAAAUUUGAGUUCGUCAAAUACCUUCAAAUCAUUCAGGACCAUAAGAUUACCCGACUUCAAACAGUGCCCCCUAUUUUAAUUAUGUUGAAUAAGAGGCCCGAGACCGACAACUACGAUCUAAGUAGUGUCAAGGAGAUUCUUUGUGGAGCUGCACCCCUUUCGAAAGACCUUGAAGCUAGCGUAUCCAAUAAGUUCAACGUCCGAAUCACUCAGGGCUGGGGUAUGACCGAGACGACGUGUGCUGCGACUGGAGUCCCAUACUAUGAGAAGCAUCGGACUGGUUCCGUUGGAGUGGUCAUGCCCAACACUGAGGUGAAGAUGAUUACAGAGGAAGGCAAGGAGGCAGGUAUCGGGGAGCGUGGAGAACUCUACGUUCGCGGCCCACAGAUCUGUCUCGGAUACUGGAGAAAUAAACAGGCGACACUCGACUCAUUUGAUCCUGUCAAUGGAUGGUUAAAGACCGGAGAUGUGGCAGUGAUGAACCACGAGGGAUGGAUGUAUAUAGUUGAUAGGAAGAAGGAAUUGAUCAAGGUGAAGGGACUACAAGUGUCGCCCGCAGAAGUGGAGGCGUCUCUUUUAGAGCACCCUGAUAUUGCCGAUGCUGGUGUUGUCGGCAUUACUUUGGAAGACAACGAAUGGCCUAGAGCGUACGUGCUGCCGAAGGAGGAGUCCCAAGGGAGAAUUAGCGAGCAGGAGAUUCGAGAGUGGCUCAACGCUCGAGUAACGAAACAUAAGCGUCUGGUUGGAGGCGUCGCGUUUGUACCUGAGGUGCCUCGCCUGGCCAGUGGUAAAAUUGAACGGAAAGUCAUGAAGGAAUGGGCCAAGAGGGAUGCAUUGGCAAUGGUAAAUUCCCGAUCGAAGCUGUGA